AAAAAGGUUGCUGUUUUUGCUGCCUGCUUCUCAUAUGCUACUGCCGGUCUAGUGCACCCCACUGCUUUUGCUGCUGCUCCUGCUGGUGUAGCUUAUGCCAAUGCUCCUUUGUAUGCUGCUGGUGGCAGCCAACAAGUAGAUGUUCGUCAUAAUUAUGAUGGCACCUUUUCCUCUUACACCACCAAUCCCUUUGGUUUUGCCGCUCCUUAUUCUAGCCGUUAUGUAGCUGGUGCUCCAGCCACUUUUGCAGCUCCCGCUAAGUAUGUAACUCCUGCUGGCGUUGCUACUCAGUUUGCUGCCGCCCCAGCUGCUUUUGCUGCCCCUGCUAAAUAUGUUGCACCAGCUGGUAUUGCUGCUGCUUCUCCUUAUGCCUCGCCCUAUGCUUCUCCCUAUGCUUCUCCUUAUGCUGCUCAUUUGGCCGCUGCUGCUUACAACGCUUAUGCCAACGCUUACGCCGCUUCUCCAGUGUCUGCUCCAGUUGCUUAA